UGCUGAGCUCCGAAGAUGGUUAGAGCUUUGUGGCAGAUUCCACCAAUCCGCAAACGAAGAUCAUGGCAGACUCUGAUGGGAGGUCAUUCAAGGCCAUUAUUGGAGAUAUCAGAUAUUUCUCCAAGCUUGCAACUGAUAGAAAAGAGAAUGUGUUGGCAUGGACAUGCAGGUGGAGGGCUUCACACAGAUCCAAAGGAAGGGCUGAAAGAGAUAGAUGCCAAGAAGAUUGUCAGAGCGAUGCUGUCUUAUGUGUGGCCCAAAGACAGACCAGACCUGCGAGCCAGAGUAGCCAUAUCUUUGGGGUUUUUAGCAAGUGCAAAGGCUAUGAAUAUAUUGGUUCCCUUCAUGUUUAAAUAUGCAGUAGACAACCUCAACCAGGUAUCUGGAAAUGUGCUGAACCUGAGCGAUGCGCCCAACACGGUCGCAACUGUGGCAACUGCUGUUCUCAUAGGCUAUGGCAUCUCAAGAGCUGGGGCAGCAUUAUUUAAUGAAGCUAGGAAUGCAGUAUUUGGGAAAGUGGCUCAAAAUUCAAUCCGAAGGAUAGCAAAGAAUGUUUUUCUGCAUCUUCAUAACCUGGAUUUAGCAUUCCAUCUAAGUAGGCAAACUGGAGCUCUGUCAAAAACCAUCGACAGAGGAACGAGGGGCAUCAGCUUUGUUCUCAGUGCGCUGGUAUUUAAUUUGGGACCUACCAUGUUUGAAGUGGCACUGGUCAGUGGAAUUCUGUAUUACAAAUGUGGAGCAGAGUUUGCAUUAGUUACCUUGGGGACUUUGGGAGCAUAUGCAGCCUUCACGAUAGGAAUUACACAGUGGAGGACCAAGUUUCGAAUAGAAAUGAACAAAGCAGAUAAUGAUGCAGGUAAUGCUGCAAUUGACUCACUACUGAAUUAUGAGACUGUGAAGUAUUUCAAUAACGAAAAAUAUGAGGCCCAACGGUAUGAUGGAUUCUUGAAGAUGUAUGAAAAUGCCUCAUUGAAGACUACCUCUACUUUAGCUCUCCUGAAUUUUGGACAAAGUGCUAUAUUUAGUGUCGGUUUAACGGCUAUCAUGGUACUUGCUAGUCAAGGCAUUGUUGCAGGCAGCCUGUCUGUUGGAGAUCUAGUAAUGGUGAAUGGACUGCUGUUCCAGCUUUCUCUUCCCCUGAACUUCCUGGGAACAGUGUACAGAGAGACAAGACAAGCCCUUAUCGAUAUGAAUACCUUGUUUACCCUUCUCAGUGUAGAUACCAAAAUCAAAGACAAAGAACUGGCUCCACCCCUGCAGAUCACACCACAGACGGCUACUAUCGCCUUUGAUAAUGUGCAUUUUGAAUACCUUGAGGGGCAGAAAAUCCUUGCUGGAGUGUCUUUUGAAGUUCCUGCGGGAAAGAAAGUGGCCAUUGUAGGAGGUAGUGGGUCAGGGAAAAGCACAAUUGUGAGAUUACUAUUUCGUUUCUAUGAACCCCAGAAAGGAAACAUCUAUGUUGCUGGACAGAAUAUACAAGAUGUCAGUUUGGAAAGCCUGAGAAAGGCAAUAGGAGUUGUACCUCAGGAUGCUGUUCUGUUCCAUAAUACUAUCUAUUACAAUCUGCUCUAUGGAAAUAUCAGUGCUACACCAGAAGAGGUGUAUGCGGUCGCCAAGUUUGCAGGAAUCCAUGAUGCUAUCCUUCGAAUGCCUAAUGGUUACAACACACAGGUUGGUGAACGAGGACUCAAGCUCUCUGGAGGAGAAAAGCAAAGAGUUGCAAUUGCUAGAGCAAUGUUAAAGGAACCACAUAUUUUUCUCUAUGAUGAAGCGACAUCAUCUUUAGAUUCAAUUACAGAAGAGAAUAUUCUCAGUGCUAUGAAGGAUGUGGUGAGACACCGGACGUCAGUUUUCAUUGCCCACCGCCUGUCAACAGUGGUUGAUGCAGAUGAAAUCAUUGUGCUGGAUAAGGGUAAAGUUGCAGAACGUGGUAGACAUGCAGACCUGCUUGCAAGUCCUAGCACUCUCUAUUAUGAAAUGUGGCAUACGCAGAGCAGCAAAGUACUGAACAGUCAUAAUGAUCCGAACUGGGGAGAGAGAAAUAACCAGAUGUCUAAAGAGGAGGAAAGGAAGAAACUGCAAGAAGAAAUUAUCAAUAGUGUGAAAGGCUGUGGAAACUGUUCGUGCUAAGUAUGAUUCUGGAUUAAUCUUUUCUACACAACAUAAACAGUGACAUGCGGCUCUUGUUUGGUUUUUUUAAGUCACCAUUCAAAAACCUCCUGGGUUUUGCAGUUUUUGGUUUUUACAGUUACUCUGAGGGGCGUAAUUUCAACCAAAGGAGUUGUAAUUCUGCAUCUUUACAAAACUAAAAUUCAUUGGCAUCUGUAAGAGCAAAGCUUUUUCAUAAACUUUAAAUGUCUCAACUAAGAGUGUAUUUUAUGGCAGUUUGUAGGCAUUGGUCAGAUCCCUUGGUAGAUGCUCAAGAUGGAUUAUUAAAUUGCAAACAGGCUUGUCCUUGAUUUACGUUAUUUCUGAAUGUCGUUGAUUGAUAAAUGUCAUGUUUUAAUUGGGCUAAGUUGAACUCAGUUGCUGCUGAGGAAGAUGCAGGUUGAAUUCUUGAGUGGUGGUCUAGUAGGAAAUCCUUCCUGUAAAGAAUAAGAAAAGCAUCAACAAAAUAUUCAAAGUUUUUAGUAGGAACUGAAGCACUGGAAUAAUCCACCUCAGAAAACAGCUGUGCUACUAGACCAUCAGGAAAUGUAUUCCUUCAAAAGAGAAUUCAGUGUUUUUAAGAGCUAUCAAAAAUCUAGGAUUGACAAAUGAUCAUGUCACUUCAUGGAAAGCAUGCAAAAUAUUGUCUGCAAAUAUAAAGAAUCUGAACCUUCCCUUUUAUUUAAAUGAAAAGCAGAAGUCCAAGAUCAGGAUUCUUUAUCCUCAACAUCUGCUUGAGUAGGCAAAGCAGAAUGCAGUUCUCUUUUUCACUUCAGUCAUGGCAUUAGGGAGCGGCUGGCACUCAGUAAGAACUGUCAGGAAUUUCUGUUGUCACUGGUGGGAGAAAAUGACCUGGAUAAUGUUGGAAGUGUUGCAGUCAUCUCCAGACCUCAAUAGUCAGAACUUCUUCGGUGUCAAGAAAACCUCAGUCUUUGUGAUUCCUGGGACGCUACAGGAUUGUGGCUUUAGGCCUUAUCUCUCCAGGCAUGUUGACCAUGUUUAUUUUUUACUAGCUACUCUCCUAUAAUUCCUUUUUUGCUUUUUUUUUUUUUAAAUCCUUCUCUUGGAUGCUGCAAAACAACUUAUUUUUUUCUAAGAAAUUACACCAGUGUAAUUACAUUCAUAUAAUUGUGUUAGUAAAAUUAUGCAAAAUUUCUCAGUAUGGGUACUUGCAAAGCACUGAAUUUUGAUGCUGCUUGAAGUUUAUUUCUGAAUAGUGUUUAUUCUUUUGUAUUAAGCCCUUCUUUGAAACCAAAUACAGGAACAGCAUCUUAAAGGAACUGAAACCUUUGUUAUCUUUUCUGCUAGUCACUCAUUUUCUCUCUAUUAAAAUGAUGGGGGGAAAAGAAUCUGUUAUCAAUCAGCAGUUUAAAACAAUUUUAAGAUUGUAUCAAAUGCAAAGACUCUUAUUUUCAUACUUGGAGUCCAGAAGCAAAAUGGAGCCUUAUUAAUGAAUUGACAGUUCAGAAUUCCAGUAGCUUAUCAUUUUAUUUUCACCAGGUUUUUUAUUUUAAUCUAUUUUUAGUUUCUAACAGCAGUGUGGCUGAUUUAUAAAGGUGAAGUUUUGGAAAUGUCAGAGGUCUGAAGGAAGUGUUUUUUUACUUUUUUUUUUCUUGAUGGACAGUUUCGCGUAUUGCAGGGCUUAGAUGGUCUAUUAGUUGAUUGAAGAGAGCACAGAAGCAAGCACUAGCAUCUAAACAAAGUCUGAACCCAAAGCCAUUUUAAUGCCAAAUUUGAUUGUGAAGGUAAGUUUUCAGGUGAGCAAGUGAUUAUAGAAGGCCCAUGUGUUUUGUGAUCACUGGGGAUGGAGUCUGCAAGCACACCAAGAAUUUUAGUAUUACAUGUUGGGGAUGAGGAUUGAUAUCAGAUGGUAAAUACGAGAAGUGGUCAAGGCUUUAUUUAAACUGGCAGUGGGUUUGUCACAGCUGUGAGGCUAUUGCCUGUCCCUGCCAUCACUUUUUAUGCCAGCCCAUGUGCUGCCGCUCGUGAGACGUUAAGCAGAGCUCUUAACAAAGGUGUUUCCUGAGAGAGGAUGGUAUCACAGAGUACUUGUUGGGAAGAGUUUUGCAGUGAGAUUUGGAGAUAUCUGAAAACUUCCUGGCUUUGAGUGAUGUGCUUGUCUGUCUGCUUUUAAGGCACAGGUUACAAAAAUGUGUUUUCCCAUUGUAAAUUUGCUAACAGCGCACAAGAAAUGGAAGAAAAAAACCCCUACUGGUUUAAAAAAAAAAAAAAGUUCCUCCUGAUUGCCUUCCCAAGUUAAAUGGCAGAAAAACUCAUAGAGCUGUAAAUGAGCGAAUGAGGAUUCUCGGGCAUUGGCAAUUUUGCACAAUCCUAUCAGAGGGAUGCUGGAGUAAAACAGUGAGUGACCUGCAUCUUGUGAGCAGUGGGAUCGGGGAGGUGGUAGCAGUACUUUGUGGACCUAUGCUAGAAGGUAAAACUUCUGCUCAGACCUCUUUGUUUAGGAUUUUCAUUCAUGUACAAUGGCUCCAAAAUGUCACCAUUCUAAGCAGGCAUUUAGAACACAAUGGUGGGAGAGUCCUGGCUUUGGAGGCUGACUGUAGUUCUCUGACUGUCAAGAUGGCAUAUGAUAUUUCUUUAAAAAGCUUUACAAUUUCUACAGGAAAUGGAUACAACCUCUGAACUUUGGUAAUCCCGCUUUUCUGUCACCCUUUUUCUGUCACUUGGAACAUUGCUUUUCUAAAUAGAAGCUUUUCAAGUUCUUGAAAUGUUCCCAGACUUCCAGAUGUUUUGUUUUUCAAAAUUUAAGUUGCCUUCUCCCACUGUAAGAUCUUCAUUUGUGUUUUUAGAGUGAAAAAAAAAAAAGUUUUUUCAUCUUUUUUUCCCGCAUUUCUUUCAGAAAGAGAGAAUGUUUGUGUAAAAUUGGGCAUAAAAACAAACUGCUUUUGCAGUGGAUAAUCGUCUAUUAACUAUAAACUUACCAAUUUCAUUUGAAUUCCUGUGCUUGAGCUUCUAAGGACAAUACUCUUUUUGGCUAUUCUUACUCCAGGUGAGCAAGCUAAUUAAUGGUUGGUGGAGAGGUAAUUUUGUUUUGGUUGUCCGAAAUGGAGAUUCAUAACUCCUGGCAGAUGAUCCCUCAGUUUCUUCUCAACAGUGCUAUUAUAUGGAUUAGUAGUUACCAAAUCUCUUAAAAUUUAGUUUUUAAAUUAUGUUUAAAUCUCCUUUUGGAACAGGAGUGUAAAAUAGAUAUUGUACAGUAAGCUGAUACAUAUGCAAAAAGAACUAGCUUAAGAUCAUAUGGUGUAAAAAUCCUGAUGGAAGACUUCUUACCUUGACUCCUGUUGUUUGUCUGUGUGUAGAUAAUUGUUAUUGAAUAAAGGAUUUAUCUUUGUGAAUAGAAA